AUGCAAUUUAUUUCGCCGGAGAGGUCCGAGAGCAGGGACGAAGUAGUUUAUCAGGGUAACAUAUGCAAGCUCGGGGUGACCUUUGCGAGUCCCGUUGGACACCUGCGACGGUACGGACGGGCGCCGCGCCCGCGUGUCAUUAGCGGAGAUUGUGUGCGAGGCCGCCGCGGUGGACGCGCCGCCGGUAAUACCCCAUUAGAAUACGUGCCCCACAUUCAAAUGACCAAUCCGUCCAAACCACUGCUCCCACGCCACGCACUCCUACGUGCCACCACUACCACCGCUACUAGC